AUGCGACUCUCUGUGGUGAUCUCGAUACUGUGGCUUCUGGUUUGUGCGCUGGGCGCACACGCCGCGGGCGAAGACCCUGUCGAUCUCGAAAAAGGUGUCGAGUCUUUGUCAUCGACCAAGCUCAAGGACGCAGUGAAGCAGGUGCCGAAGAAGCUCAAUCUGGGUGUCGACAACUUUCUCGGCAUGGGCGUCAAGCGCAAAUCGGUCGCAGGCGCGUACGGCACUUCGGCGGCGGUGACGCUGGGUGCAGCAGCUAUCGGAUACCAGGCAACCAAUCUACGCUCGCAGCGCCGCACGGCAUACAAGAAGAAGCUGAAGUACCUGGCUGCCGCACAAGGUCGUUCGAUUCCGGGUGCGAGUUCACCGCCGGUGCUACCGGCAGCACAAGCACAGCCGAUGAGGCGACGAUGGGGGACACCAUGGUCGCAAACGCAGGGAAGACCGACACUCGAGUGGAAGCGACGCGCACUCUCCGACGAAACGCUCGUCACCAUCGAGGACUACAACAAGUUUAUCGGCGCCACCGAAGGUCUCGCCUCGGGCGGCAUCGCCGUCACCGGCGCGUAA